UAUUUAGGAUUAACCAAUCGUCAUCAUGACGCAUUCAUUACAUCACAAGGACAUAAUCUCUGUUAAUCCAAGGUGGUUUCAUCGUUCCUUCUGUCAGUUAACCAUACAACGGGUCACAUGACAGGCUUCAAACAUUUUCCUCUUCUUCCCAAAUGUCCCGGCAGUCUGUACACUAAGAGGUGCAAUGCUGCCCUCCACAGAUCAAUCCCAUUUGGAAGUCCCAGUUCUUUAACCAGGCUUCAAACUUCACAGGUGACCGACUCACCUGUGUGAGUGUUUGCAGUGCUGUGACAGAUCUAUCACUUAAACGAGCCACUUCCUCAUACCUGCAGGCCGGCGUGAGGCAACGCAUUGAGUUUGCAUUGUCUCGUAUGAAGAGGUUUCUCUCCUCACUGGUUUGUCCACACAGCUUUAAUGUCCCCCUUUGACACCAUUCCUCUUCUAGAGAUCUUCCUGGGAGUCCUGGGCUUCGGACUCUCCAUCAUGUUCUGCACCACCUUCUGCAGGGCAUGCAGUCGCCUGCGGCAGGAGGAGAUUGAGAGAGAGGUAUGGAGACGCAGCGAGCAGGACGGGCGCCCGCCACCUAUUUACUUCAUCCCCAUCCCUGGAAGCAUGUCACAGACAGACGUUGAAGACGCCAGGGUGCCUCGAUUCAGCCAGGAGCUCCACACACCUCCACAGUACAGCACUGCUUAUUGUGGGGCCCCGCCUUCCUAUAAUGAGCUGGGACUGAAACCUGAUGACCUUCCUCCUGCUUACACAGAACAUAACUUCCCUGUGCAUCCAAAUCCAACCCAAUCACACACAGACAUGGAACACGAUGGAGUUACACACAGCCUUGAUCAUGGUCGCGCUGAAUCGUAAAGCUGAUGUGGACUUUACGGUAUUUUAUAGGAACCCUUUGGUUUUUUGUUGUUGUUUUUUUGGUAAAACAUGCAAUGAUGGCACAGAGAUAUAAUGCUGAAGCUGCAACAAAAUGAAGUGGGAAUGACUUUUGAAAAAGACCAGAUGGUGCAAUUAGCACCUUGUUCUCAGGUAAUUCAACUUUUCUGUAUAUUCUUUCAGUUGUUUUUAGUUUUUGUUUUUUUGGUUUUUUUUUUUCCCCCCCUUUCUGUUGACACUGGAUCAAACCCCUGUUCUAUGCGAGGGUUUCAAUUUAUUAAAGGAUAGAAAGCUUUUUUGCAUUUGGUUUGAGACUGCACAAUAAAGUGUCAUUGAUCAAAUUCCAGCACAAUAAUGACCUGCACAUACUGUAAAUACAGACCUGCCCCUUACCUGUAAAUUGUGUAAUUAUUGUUAUUAUUAUUAUUGUUGUUGUUAUUAUUAUUACAUGCUGAUGUUCAAACCAAACCUCAGAAUGGGUAAGAAAGGUGACCUAAGUCAGCGUUUCUCAAUCCUGGUCCUCAUGACCCUCUGCCCUGCAUGUUUUAGAUGUUUCCCUACUCCAACACGCCUGAUUCAAAGAAACGCGUUGUUAUCAGGCUUCUGCAGAUCUUGUUGAUGAGCUGACCAUUUGAAUUGGGUGUGUUGGACCAGGGAAACAUGUAGAUGAUGUUUCCAGGAUUGAGACUCACUGAUUUUAGUGACUCUGAACAUGACUUGGUUGUUGGUGUCAGAUGGGCUGAUCUGUGUGUAUCAGAAACUGUUGAUCUACAGACUUCCAUGCACAAUCACUUCUAUGGUUUAUGGAGAAAAAAGGACCACAUAUCCAGUUCUCUGGGACUUCUUGUGAUACUUGUGCCUAAAUAUUUGAUAUUUGGGCCAGAUUAGAAAAUCUACUUUUUCCUGUUGUCAAAGAAAAGCACUUUGAUCAAAAAUGUGUUUCAAAAUACGUAGAUUUGCUGUACAUCAGGUAUACACCAAGUGUCACUAUACCCAAAUGUGAUCAUAAUUUCAAAACAGAUGGGACAAUGUACUGUAUUUGUGAGAAACACUAACUUCCUCUUUGAUCGUGUAUGACGUCUAAAAAGCUUCACAGUCUAAUGUCAUAUUGGUCACAAUAUUGAGAAUGAGAAGGUAUGAGAACAAUAUAAUUAUGUCUGUGGAAGGAGUUCGUCAAGGUAAGACAAAUGACCUGUAAAUGUAAGGAUAUUAUAUAAUACAUUCCAAAUGACUGACUUCCUCUUGCGUUUAAUGUCAUGUCAAUGAAACAUUGUCACAUCCGUGCAUCACAUAUUAAGUUUGGCCACUUUUUUAAACGUGUAUAUUUCCAUGCAGUUUCAAGCGCCCUCAGCAAUUAAAAAUGGCUUAAAGUAAUUAGGUGCUGCUAUUGAACUUGAGUGGUUCAUCCACAGCUAUUCAAAAAAAUCCAAUCAAAAUAUGUUCCUCUCUGAAACUUUGCUGCUAAGCUUUGUGAGUUCCCAUGCACAGUGAAGUCCUCACAAAAUGUGUUCAUAAAAUAAAAGUUGAUGCAGGUAACGUUGA